AUGUCGAGCACUACGACGACCAAACGGUCCCCUACCAAAGCGUCCAAGUCGAGCAAAGGGAAAGCGGCAUUGAAGCCUUCUGCAUCGGCUCCACCGCUCGGCAAAUUCCUCGCGAGCAGUCAGUUGCUCAUUCUCGUCCUUUACGGCGCUCCUCGCUUCCUUCUGCAUCUCUCGGAACCCAAACUGACUUGAUGCAUCCUUAUUCUACUAGGCGAGAAACACAUUCGAGACAAAGCCGUUGCGUCAUUGGCCAAAUUCCUCAGUGCCGGCCACAAGCGAACGAGCGACGCCGACGGGCAGGACGAACCACCGUUGAUCGUCGGGGAUGUGCAAUGGGAUAACGAGACGGUCAUUGAUAAGAGAUUGCGGGGGAUCGAGAUGGCCAAGUUGUGGAAGGGGAUCUUCUUCUGUACGUGAGAUCUCGAGCUGGCUGGCUGGGGUGGAGAAGUGGUCAACAUCACCGUGAACGUCGAGGGGGAGUGAAUCCAGACCACUAAUCUCGAUUACACGUUCACCUUCCAGGCUUUUGGAUGUCGGAUAAACCAUUGGUGCAACAAGCCUUAGCGCAAGACCUCGCCAACUUGACCCUCGACGUUCGGCCAAAAGACAAGGAUGCUGGAAGGGUCGAACGCUUCAGGGCGGCGUUGGCCUACCUUCGAGGGUUCUGGGAAGCCGUGGUCAGGGAAUGGUCAGGGUUGGAUCGACUGAGGUAAGUCUCGGUCUCUAGACCAAAGGCCGACGAGGGCGGGACAGAUCGCUCGCGAAGAAUUGGCAGCUCACUCCAUGGGAAUUCUCCCCCUCUGCCUCAUGCAGGCUCGACAAGUUCUACCUCCUCAUCCGAAGAUUCGUAUACGCCGCUUUUGCACUUCUCCAACGAGAGGAAUGGGAUCCGCGGGCGAUCGAAGAGUACAACCAACUCCUCACCGGUCCGGGUGGUCCACUACAGUCAGUCCCCCAUCCGAACGGCCGCGCCCUAAUGCGAGUAGUUGCUGAUGUGCUCUAGCACUUCAUUCUACCAGUGUGACGGAUGCUCGAAUCCCCGCAUCACUAGCCUACCACUUGGCCGAUAUCUACCUCGCCGAAAUCGAACGAAUCUGCCCUCCGGUCGACUCCCCCUCCCCCGUCGUCCCCGUGAUCCCGCUCCUCCAACCCUUCCUCACGACCCUCGCCCUCGCCCCUUCCAAGACUUUGUUCCAACGCGUCACUUCCAACGUCACCACACCUCUGCUCGAAGAUGCCCUUCCUGCACCUCCUGCACCACCAUCGAAACGAAGAAAGGUCGAAUCCUCGAUCGAGAAAGCGACGUUCCCCGGCAUCUUCUCCCACGCCCAAGAAGCAGGUAAAGACGAGGUCUCGGAAGAAGAGAGGAAGGAGAAGGUCGGCAAAGCAUUAUUGAGGGCUUUGUUCGAGGAAGGUGCUAAAUCUGCGACGAACGAGGUGAACAGGAGACGGUUGUACGAGAUUGUCAAGCAGAGGGAAGAGGCGGGCGUCGAAUUGUAAUCGCAGCUUAUUUCGUAUCGCGAGGCCAAUCUAUUGCGUGACAGUGACUACAUGAACUCUCACGGUCAACCAUUCGAGAGCGAUUCGUUGCAACUCAACCGGGUGAGAUGGGUUCAACGUGGGGUCGAAAUUAUAUCCGGCUUUACACAUGCGCGCGCGAAACUCAUGGAGCCCAUAUGGAAAAAUGCAGUAUGUCUGCAAAGACCAAAGUUACCUUGCACCGUGAACGGCUCCCUUCUGAUUUCAAUCAGCAUCGAUUGAAAUUGUUAUUUAUUUUGCCAGCCCCUUCACAACUGGACUACACAGCCAAAAAAGCCAGCAAUUUCAAGCGAUGCGGAAUCAGAAGGGAGCCAUUUAA